ACUCCGCUUUUCCUCUUUUCGUUUGCGCCAUUUCCGUCGUCGCUCUCGCGUCUCGCCACCGCGCGCGCGCGAGAUCCGCCGGCGAUCUCGCCGGAGGACCAUGCCGGUGACGGAACACCAGGGCUCCUCAUCCUCCCCCUCGCCCUUCUCGUUCGGCCGCUCGCUCCUCUCGCUGCGGCGCGACCACGCCGCGAUGCCGUCGGGCGAGGAGGCGGACCUCGAGGCGUUCCAGCGCCACGUCGCGGCGAGCCUCGGGGAGCUGCUGCCUGGGGAAGGGGAGGGUGGGGGUGGGAGUGGGGGAGGGGGAGCGGGAGGGGAGGAGAUCUUGUCCGUGGCGUGGAUCCGGAGGCUUCUUGAGGCGUUUAUUCUUUGCCAGGAGGAGUUCCGGGUGUUUGUCGCGCAGGCGCGCCGCCGUGGGGGCGCACUCCCGGCCGCCGGGGAGAAGCUGGUGGUGGAGUUCCAUGAGAGGGCUGUGAAGGCGCUCGAUGUCUGCAACGCGGCGAGGGAUGGCGUCGAUCAGGUGAGGCGGUGGGAGCGGCUCGCUGAUAUUGCGGCGUCCGUGCUGCUCGCGCCGGGGGAGAUCCAUGAGGGCCAGCUCCGCCGCUCGCGGAAGGCGCUCUCCGACCUCGCCGUGCUUCUCGUCGAUGACACCACCGCCUCCGGCAGCGGCGGCGUCGCGUCUUUCCUGGCGUCCCACCGCAACCGCUCCUUCGGCCGCGCGCGCGCGUCGCCGUCGCGCUCCGCCUCCGCGCUCGCCGGCGCCUCCUCCGCCACCUCGGCGUCCCACUUCCGCUCCCUCUCCUGGAGCGUGUCCCGCGCGUGGUCGGCAUCGCGGCAGCUGCAGGCGAUCGGGGCCGGGCUCGCCGCGCCGCGCGCGCACGAGGCGGGUCUCGCGGCGCCGGUGUACGCCAUGGGAUGCGUGCUCCACCUCGCCGCGUGGGCGCUCGUCGCCGCCGUCCCGUGCCCCGACCGCUCCGCCGCGCUGCAGGCGCACCACCUCCCCGCGGCGCCGCCCCGCGCCGCGUUCCCAUGGGCCGCGCCCCUCCUCACCCUGCAAGAACGCCUCGCCGAGGAGGGAAAGCGCAAGGACAGGCGCAAUUCCUGCGGGCUCCUCAAGGAAAUCCAUGUCCUCGAGAAGUCCACGCAGAAGCUCGCCGAGGCGAUCGACGCGGCGCCCAUCCCGCUCUUCGGGGACAGGGAAGCCGACGUGCGGGAGGCCGCGGCGGAGCUCGCCGCCGUGUGCGCCGCCAUGAGAGACGGGCUGGAGCCACUGGAGAGGCAGGUGCGCGAGGUGUUCCACCGCAUCGUGCGCAGCCGCGUGGAGGGCCUCGACUCCUCCAUGCACAAUGCCGAUUGAUUGAUCCUAUCCAUCGAUCAAAAAUGUCUCCUUUUGAUUCGGCAAACGUGUUGGUCAUAGGUAGAUUUCUUGUUCUUGGUUUGCUUGUUUGAGUUCCAAUCGUAAUUGAGUAUAAAUGUGUACCUUCGUGUAAAGAAAGGGGAUUAGAGAGGGCCAUCAUUAUGUAAAGAUGGCUACUUUGUUCCUGUGUUUUUGUUCUGCUGCAUUUGGUAUAUAUAUCUCAUCAUUUUUUGUUUGUCGAGUGCGUUUUCGGAUAAAUUUUGAUGAUUCACUUCAUGUUCUACAGCUCGUCAAGAUCAUUUUAAAAUUUUGAUCUUUGUCAUAGUUAAGGGAAAAGCUUCCUGGCUGUUGCUGAUUGGCAUUGUUGUCUGUUGAUGUAAUAUUGCUUUUAGAAUAUUGCAUGCCGACAUUAACCUGAGGUGUCAUUCCAGUGGAAAGUUUGUGAUGGAAAUGUGGUUAAAAUAUAUUCACUGUUAUUGACAGAUUUAGGACUGUUGUGCCAUAUGGUCUUAUUCUCAAUCUUAUCAAAUGCUGAUGACCAA